AUGCUGAAAUUUCAAGAAACUGCUAAGCGUGUCACUGUUGCAAGAUUUAAUUCUGCUUGCUCCGAUGCUGUGAUUGCAAGGAGAUACACUAUUCAGAGGACACUUGGCAAUGGAAGCUUUGGAAGUGUAUAUCUGGUUUCUGACAGGAAAGCAAAACAAGGAGAAGAACUAAAGGUCCUAAAGGAAAUCUCUCUUGGAAACCUAAAGCCUAACGAAACAGUUGAAGCAAAUCUGGAAGCACAACUACUCUCCAAAUUAGACCAUCCAGCCAUUGUCAAAUUUUAUGCAAGCUUUGUGGAGCAAGACAGUUUCUGCAUUAUCACUGAAUAUUGUGAGGGUGGAGAUCUAGACUUGAAAAUUCAAGAGUACAAAGAUUCUGGGAAGAUGUUCACUCGAAGUCAAGUAAUAGAAUGGUUUAUACAGUUGCUACUUGGAGUCAACUAUCUGCAUGAAAGGCGGAUACUUCACAGAGAUUUGAAAGCCAAGAAUAUAUUUUUGAAAAAUAAUCUUCUUAAAAUAGGAGACUUUGGAGUUUCUUGUCUUUUGAUGGGUUCAUGUGAUUUGGCAACUACAUUUACUGGGACACCAUACUACAUGAGUCCAGAAGUACUGAAACACCAGGGAUAUAACACAAAAUCUGACAUUUGGUCUCUGGGAUGCAUUUUGUAUGAAAUGUGCUGUAUGAACCAUGCAUUUACAGGACAGAAUUUUUUGUCUGUCGUGUUAAAAAUUGUGGAAGGUGACACACCUUCUCUUCCGGAUACUUACUCAAGCAAGCUGAAUGCUGUGCUACGCAGCAUGUUAAGUAAGGAUCCUUCAUUGAGACCAACAGCAGCAGAGCUCCUAAGAAUCCCUUAUAUUGAUGAACAACUAAAGAAAAGACAGUACAAGUUCACAAACAUGACUAUGAAAGACAAGGCACUUAACUUGCAGAAAGAAAAUGCUCCCAUUUUUGGUGCCGUGCGGAGAAAAGUUCAUUUGCAAACUCUGCAGGAACUGUCUGAAGUACAGAAAAUGACACCGCGGGAACGAAUGCGGCUGAGGAAGUUACAUGCUGCAGAUGAGAAAGCACAGAAGUUGCAACAGUUGGCAGAAGAAAAAUAUCAAGAAAAUGUCAAAAGAAUGCAAGAAUUCAGGUCCCGUAAUUUUAAGCAGCCGAAUGUCAAUGUCCUACAUGAAUCUGAUGAACAGACUUCAAAACACCUCAUUUAUUCUCAGCCAGUCGUUACAAGUGACUACAUGUCCAUAGGACACGAUGAACCAGGUGGAAAUGAGACAAGUGAACUCUGCAUGUCUGAACUUACAGACCACGAGAUCCCUGAAGACCCAGAAAUUGCAGAAGAAUAUUAUAAUGAUGAGUUUGAAUCCUGUUCAGAAGACAGUGAAGAGGAGGAGGAUGCAGAGGCAUCGCAGACUGUCUCUAAGACAAAUCACCAGAGGUUUCAUCUUGAAAAGUUAGUGCACAAUGAAGCUUCCAUUGGCUUUGAUUUAGCUGAGCUGCUAAUGGAUGCUCUAUACUGCAGUUUAUCACCUUGUUCUUUGUGUUUUCUUUUCGUGACCAUAAUAGCAAAUUCACCCUCUUUGUUAUGA